CCACAGAACACCAUUUGUUUCCCCUUUUACUUAAUGAUAUUUUGUGGUUUCUGUUUAUAUGCUGCUGUUGCUGAAUAAGAAAAAAAUUCAGAUUUCAGAACUCGAAAAUUCCAAAAUCUAAGGUUUUCUCGAGACAAACCUUAUCAAAAUGGAAGAAGUUCAAAGGCAUUCAGUUCAUACCUUAGUGUUUAGAUCACUGAAACGAUCGCAUGAUAUGUUUCUAUCUAAUCAGGCGUAUUUACCCCCAGAAGAUGAAAACGCAGAAACUUUAUAUCGGGCAGCCAAAUCUCGAGAUCUAUAUGGUGAGGUAUUUGACGAUGUGAAGAAAAUGAAAGCCAUGAAAAAUUUGCGGGAUGUUGAAGCUGGUCCAGAUCCACCACCUCCAGGAACAAAUCAAAUAAAUAGUAGUGAGGUUACAAAUGAAAAAGCUGUCGUACCAGUAAUGGUACCAAACGAUAAUCCAUUGAUCCGUAAUAAUCAGAAUAAUCAGAUAAUCAGCUCGAUUAAAAAAACUCCUGUUAUGCCUAAACCCAAAUGGCAUGCCCCAUGGAAAUUGUACAGAAUAAUUUCAGGACAUUUAGGUUGGGUUCGUUGUGCGGCUGUAGAACCAGGCAAUGAAUGGUUUGCCACUGGAGCUGCAGAUAGGAUUAUAAAAAUCUGGGAUUUAGCAACUGGUCAGCUCAAAGUAUCGUUAACAGGGCAUGUAAGUACUGUGAGAGGGUUAGCAGUUAGUGCCCGUCAUCCAUACUUAUUCAGUUGUGGUGAAGAUCGCCAAGUGAAAUGUUGGGAUUUAGAGUAUAAUAAAGUGAUAAGACAUUAUCAUGGACAUCUUUCUGCUGUAUACUCCCUAUCACUGCACCCAACAAUUGAUGUAUUGCUAACAGCUGGGAGGGAUUCAACUGCAAGAGUAUGGGAUAUGAGAACCAAAGCCAAUGUUCAUACUCUUACUGGUCACACCCACACAGUUGCAAGUGUAAUAACACAAGCAACAGAGCCACAAGUUAUUACAGGAUCACAUGAUACUACAAUAAGGUUAUGGGAUUUAGCUGCUGGAAAAUCAAUUUGUACUUUAACUAACCAUAAGAAAAGUGUGAGAGGAGUUGUUUUCCAUCCAACAUCGAACAUGUUUGCAUCUGGUUCACCUGACAAUAUAAAGCAGUGGAAAUGUCCAGAUGGAAAAUUCAUCCAAAAUUUAACUGGUCAUAAUGCCAUAGUGAACUGUUUAGCAGUAAAUCCAGAUGGUGUUCUAGUUUCCGGAGGAGAUAAUGGUACUCUCCAUUUCUGGGACUGGAGGACAGGAUAUAAUUUUCAAAGAAUGCAAGUACCUGUGCAGCCUGGUUCUAUGGAUAACGAAGCUGGUAUUUUUUCAAUGACGUUUGAUCAAUCAGGGUCAAGAUUAAUAACUACAGAAGCGGAUAAAACAAUAAAGAUUUAUAAAGAAGAUGAGACUGCUACAGAAGAAAGUCACCCAAUUAAUUGGAAGCCAGAUAUUCUUAAGAGAAGAAAGUUUUAAUAUAAAUUUUUAUCGAAUCAUUUGUGUAUAUAUUUAUGGACUUUUUUCAUUGAAGUUUAUUUUUUACAAUAAAAGUUCAACAACCUUAA